GCGGAGGCGCCGCCCGGCGGGGAAGGAGAGCGCGGCGCAGGCCGAGGCGGCGGCACCAGCGCAAAAUGGCGGCGGGGUCGGGCAGCGCGGCGGCCGUGGCGGCGGUGGCGGGCGGCGGCCUGGCGGGGCCUCAGGCGACCGGUGCCAUGGCGGCGGGAGCGGUCCCGGCGGGGAGCGGGCCGCCCGUGCCGGGUCCCGGAGCGGUGCUGAUCGGCGACCGCCUGUACUCGGGGGUGCUGAUCACGCUGGAGAACUGCCUGCUGCCCGAGCACACGCUGCGCUUCACCCCGUCCAUGAGCAGCGGCCUCGAUCCGGAGACCGAGACCGAGCUGCGCGUCACCGGCUGCGAGCUCAUCCAAGCGGCCGGCAUCCUGCUCCGUCUCCCACAGGUGGCUAUGGCUACAGGACAGGUGCUAUUUCAACGUUUUUUUUAUACCAAGUCUUUUGUGAAGCAUUCCAUGGAGCACGUGUCAAUGGCCUGUGUUCAUCUGGCAUCCAAGAUUGAAGAAGCACCAAGGCGCAUUCGGGAUGUGAUUAACGUGUUCCAUCGCCUCAGACACCUACGGGAAAAAAAAAAACCUGUGCCUCUAAUACUGGAUCAAGAAUAUGUGAACUUGAAGAAUCAAAUUAUUAAGGCAGAAAGAAGAGUGUUAAAGGAGUUGGGAUUUUGUGUUCAUGUGAAGCACCCUCAUAAGAUAAUCGUUAUGUACCUUCAGGUAUUAGAAUGUGAACGUAACCAACACCUGGUCCAGACAUCAUGGAAUUACAUGAAUGAUAGCCUGAGAACAGAUGUCUUUGUCAGGUUCCAGCCAGAGAGCAUUGCCUGUGCAUGCAUUUACCUCGCAGCUAGGACGCUGGAGAUUCCACUUCCUAAUCGUCCACACUGGUUUUUACUCUUUGGAACAACAGAGGAAGAAAUUCAAGAGAUCUGCUUAAAAAUUUUGCAGCUCUAUACUCGGAAAAAGGUUGAUUUAUCUGAGCUGGAAAGCAAAGUAGAAAAGAAGAAACUAGCUAUUGAAGAGGCAAAAGCACAAGCUAAAGGUCUAGUACCUGAAGGAGCCCCAAGUUUGGAUACCACGUCAGGAUUUUCCCCUAUCCCCAAAAAUGAGUCUCCAAAAGAGGUUAAAGGAAACAAACCUUCACCACUUCCUGUUCAGGCAAUGAAGAAUGCUAAAAGGAAAACGGAGGGAGCAAAAAGGAGUUCAAACAGCCCAGUAAAUGGUGUUCAGAAAGGAAGAGAAAGCAGGAGUCGAAGUGGAAGUAGAGAUCAAAGUUAUUCAAGAUCACCGUCCAGAUCUGCAUCCCCUAAGCACAGGAAGAGUGAAAGUUACUCCACAUCGAGCGGCUCCAAAUCCCACAGCCGUUCCCGCAGCCGCAGCGACUCUCCCCCGAGACAGUUCAACCACAGCUCUGCCUACAAAGGCUCCAAGGUGAGGAGUUACAAGAAAUCAAAAGACUACAAAUACUCGACACACAAAGGCCGCAAAUCCCGCAGCAGGAGCUCGUCACGGUCCCGCAGCCGCUCCCGGGAGCGCUCCGACCACUCGGGGAAGUACAAGAAGAAGAGUCACUACUACAGGAACCACAGGCACGAGCGCUCGCGCUCCUACGAGCGCGCCGGGCACCGCUACGAGCGCGACCAUCCCGGCCACAGCAGGCACAGGCGGUGAAUAAAGCGCAGACGGUCUGGCCUCGGCAAUGCCAGACCCGUUUGGCCUUUGAAACGUGAGGUUAACAUGGCUUGUAAACCACCUAGCUUGAGUAAUGUCCAUUCUGCUGGCAAUUCUGUUCUUACUAUCGUGAAUCCAAAGGAAAAAGUACUAACGAGAUGGGCUGAUGGGAAAGGACUCUGAUAAAUGCCCCGGGGAGCGUUCUGCAGGAGUGUCACCGGCUAACACUGCUGAGCGUGCCCCUGGAGGCUCCUGUGCCUGCUCUUCAGUCAGUUGCGUACCGUGGUGCGGUGGAGGGGGUUUCUUGGGACUUCCAGCUCUGGGAGCAGGACCUCUGGGGCUCCUCCUGUGCUGAGCAGUCCUGCCCUGUGGGAGUAGUUCCCAUGACCCCUCGGAGUGGCUUGGUGCUAACAAAGCUGUCUUUUCGUACUGACUCAAUUAUGUUGUACAAAUGUAAGGUGACUUUUUUUUUAGAGCUGUUGCCUAUAUUAGGUUACAUAUGUGUAUAUAUAUUUUGCAGUGUUACAGUACAGUAUGGGAAUACGGCCUUACUAGCCUUUACACUUUAUCCACGAUGUAAAUAAGCAUUUGUUUAAUACAGGUGGGCAGAUAUAUACAGAAAAUUGAAAACUUGAAUUCUAUCGAAAGACUUGUGUAGAAAAUUCUGAUAAAUGUGAAAGUAUUUAGCUCUGUGUAUUGAGAGUAGUAUAUUUUUAUCUGUGCAAUGCUGUGUGCAGGCCACCAGCUCAUAAGACAUUUCCUAUAUAUUCAUUUUAAGUGGUUUGAAAUUCUUUACUCAGGUUCUUUGACACUCUGAAGAAUUAGUAGUUUGUCAACCUGCAUGUUUGUUGAAGGACAGAGCAUUUUAAAACAAUAGCAAAACCCCACAGCCCAGUAGUAUCAGUUCUAGUGGUAUAUCUGAGCUGUUACUCUCAUGCUCCCUAAUUUCAUUAAAGUAUUUGAUUUUCUAUUAAAUUUA